AUGGGAAGUAGUGCCUCAACUAGAAUAAAUGAAUUCUAAAAAAUAGAGGCUGAUCUUAAAUUGACCACUCUACCUGACUUAGAUAAAGUACAAAUAUACUUAUUCUUUAGCUUUUAAUUGUUGCUUAAGAUCUUCUUAAAUUAACUGAACAACUUAGAUAAAGGAUUGUAUCAUAUCAUGACCUAAUGUUGAGAAUAGUCAAAUUACAAUCUUAUAAAGAAGUUGCCUUAGUUGAUGCCUUCAAAAUAUGGUAUUUGUGUACUUUAGUGUGUAAUGACACAAAAGAAGACAGUGUUUAAUUUGAAUGCAAAAUUGAAAAUUUUGAUCAGGAAGUCUUGUCAGAAAGUCUAAAGAAACUAAUGAGUUUUGUACUGAUCUUUAUCUAUAAAUAGGGUAGCGUAGUGGCUUUUGCAAUUGAAGAAAAAUUCAUUCAAGAUGAAAAAGAACAUCUGAUAAUUUGUGACACAGGAAUAUGUGGAGAUUUUAAACUACAAUUAUGGCCUUAUGUUUGCUCGUCCUUUUUAAGUUACUUAAGAUCUGCGGUUAGACUAGCUCCAUUUUUAGAAGAGAAAAUCAAUAGCUAAAUUAAUUUGAUAAGAAAAUACUUAGAUGUACAUAAAGCAGAGAAGUUAACAAAAAUGAUAAAUUAAUAGUCCUUAACUCAUAUUUGUGAAUAAAUAAAAUAUUUUGGAUUAUUAGUAGAUAAAUAUCAUUAAGAAGUCAAAGUAUUUACUAAAAAAUACAAAGAACUUAUGAAAGAAUUGCAUCCUUUAAGUUAGGAAGUGUUAAGAGAAGAAGGAAAUCAAAAUUAUAUUCUUAAUGAUGAGUAAUAAUCUAUAAUUAAUAUUUAUAGGAGAACAAUCUUAAAAACAAAAAUACAAGAUAUUGUAAGAAAAUAUACACCCAAUUAUGAACUUAAAGAAGUAGUUUAAAUACGAUAAGAAAUGUAGUUAAAAGAGUAAAGGAGAAAAGUAAAACCAAAAACAAAGUUGGAAAGAAGAAGAACAGAACAAGCAGCUUUAACAUUCCCUACUACUUACCAUUGGGUUGGCCAUGAGUAUUUUGACACUUUUUUUUCAGCAUAAUCAUUGACUUUGUCUGAAUUAGAAGAGUGCCGUGCUUAAGGAGAAGAAGCUCGAAAAAAGUUAUUUAAAAUCACUGGAGUCAAUUAAUGGAAGGAUAAUACUAUAAAAAGUGUAUUUGAAUGUCUUACAUGGAUAUUAUCUGCAGAGCUUAAUAAGAAUCUUAAAAAUAAAGAGUUUAAACUUCUUAAGGAUGACCCUUGGCUUCAUUUUAUAAAACAAAAAAAACAUAAAUUUACUGAGCUUUCUUAUUAAAUAGUUACUAAUUUUAAAGUAUGGUUGAAAUAUUUUAGUCCAAUUCGAUAUGAAAGAAUCUGUAAUUAUUAGUAUUUUUCUUAUAUCAUUAUUUAGUUAAGAUUUCUUAAAAAGAUAAAGAGAACUUGAAAAAAAUAAAUUUGAAUUUCAUCAUUUGAUCAGAGAUCUUCCUCCUUAAAAUUAAUAUAAUGCACUUUCAAGCUUUACUAAGAAUAUUAGAGUAAAUGAAACUUACUUAAGUAAAAUUGAAAAGCUUUUUGAAAUGACCAUCAAAAGCAAUGGUAAAAUGGGAGAAGAAUUAUAUGAUAAUUGGCAAGAGAUUGUUGAUCAAGCUGAUUCAAUUAAGUAUGAAUUAGGAACUCCGUUUAAUGAAUUCAUUAAAGAAUUUAGACCCAAUACUUUGGCUGAAUUAGACUAAUUGUAAAAUAGAAAGGCUGAAAGAAGAUAAACAAAGCUAUCGAUUGCCUGUAUUGAAAUUUGA